CGUUUUGAAUAUAAAACCUUAUUCCUUACUUGAUUUUAUAGUAUGAAUCCGUCUCUGUUUAGGACCCCGGAGAACCUGGCUAGGAUGUUUCCUGAGAGGCGAGCUGAGGAGAGUGCAGAACUGUGGUACUGAUAAUGGCGCAAACAGGUAGCUUCGGCAGAAGAUAUAUCAAAGCCUUUGUGAGUGGCUUCUUAGUUGCUGUGCCUGUAACAGUGACAGUUUUGGACCGACUGGCUUAUGUUGCACGAGUGGAAGGAGCUUCAAUGCAGCCUUCCUUGAACCCCGAGGGAGCUGCAGCAUCUGACAUAGUGCUUUUAAACCGCUGGAGUGUUCGAAACUAUCAAGUGCAGCGUGGAGACAUUGUAUCACUUGUGUCUCCAAAAAACCCAGAGCAGAAGAUCAUCAAGCGAGUGAUUGCUCUUGAAGGAGACAUCAUUAAGACAAUGGGAUACAAGAAUAGAUAUGUGAAGGUCCCUGAUGGCCACUUUUGGGUUGAGGGAGAUCAUCAUGGAUGCAGUUUUGACAGUAACAAUUUUGGACCAGUUUCUCUUGGGCUGGUUCAUGCAAGAGCUUCACAUAUUAUAUGGCCUCUUAACCGCUGGCAGAAAAUUGAACCUGCACUUCCUAAGGACCGCAGACCCCUUUCAGAUUGGAGUGAUGGAUCAACGGCUGACAAGGAUGAUUAAAAUACUGUUAUACAAAGGGCAAACUGGAGACAGAGUAACAAACUAAUUCAAACCAGAGGUCAUUCUACCCCAAGAAUUCCAAUACUAUUGUUUUAAAGAACAUUUUAAUGUUUUCAUUUUACAAUAGAUCAUUGAUUUUGUUUGGGUAUAUGAUAUUUUUUUCUUUCUUUAGCUAUACCUCCAUUAAUCAAUAAAUAUUAUGAAUGGAGAGGGAUUCCUUAAUUACAUUUUUACUGCGAUAUUGCUAACUUUUUAGAACAUCAAUUGUAUGAAUUAAUUUUCUUAACGCUAUAGUUUCCUUGGUUGGCUUUGGGUGUGUUUUACUGAGGAUGUUGUGUGUCCUCCUUUAACACCAUUGUUUGUACUGUAGGUAUUGCUUGUAUGCUUCACUCCGGAAUUAUGUGACAGAAUUACAUGUACAAACCUGAUACUAUUGCAUUUAAUAUCCUGCUUUGAUUUACUGUAUGAUACAAAGUUAGGGUUAGUACAGAAAUAAGUGGCACAAAGAAAGGUAGCAAAUAGAAACAAUUGCUGUAUCAAAUUGUAAUUGCUGCUUUUUUGAUAGGCUACGAUGGUACAUAUGUUUAUGGUUAAGGAUAAUGAAGUAAUGUUAUCUGUGUUGUGAAGGUAGAAAAAUAAAAGCUGUAAAUUGAUGUGCUCUUGUUUUCCCCUGGUUACAAAUGUAAACAAUAAAAUAUGUUAACACAAUACAUCUCAGCAUUUCUCCUUUUA